AUGUCUUCAAGUUCCAAUGCAAACUUUGAUGAGCGUCGAUGGGUUAUUAACAUCCGUCGAACACUCGAAGCAGAGCUCGAGGACGAUAAUGAAAUUCCUGUCAGCAUUUUCAAUGUCCCCAAAACCCUUCUGUCAAGUGAUCCAGAUUCAUACACUCCACAGCUGGUUGCCAUUGGCCCUUAUCAUUACUGGCGUCCGGAGCUCUAUGAGAUGGAGAGAUAUAAGAUCGCUGCUGCAAAAAGAACUCAGAAAAACCUCCUCAAUAAUCUCCAGUUCGAUGAUCUUGUUGAGCAACUGACCAGGCUAGAGCCAAAGAUCCGAGCUUGCUACCAUAAGUUACUAGACUUCAGCAAUGAAAUUUUGGCUUGGAUGAUGGCAAUCGACGCCUCGUUCUUGCUUGAGUUUCUUCAAAUCUAUGCCAUGAAAGAAGGUAAGUUACUUACCAGGGUGUCUUCGAGAAUGGCACAUUUGGUUGAUUAUGCUGGUAGAAAAUCUGCCCAUAAUGCGAUUCUUAGGGAUAUAAUGAUGCUUGAGAACCAAAUUCCUCUAUUUGUGUUGAGAAAGAUGCUGGAAGUUCAAUCCGCAUCCCUUGAACCAGCUGAUGAUCUAUUGCUGUCAAUGCUAACUGGAGUAUGCAAAGAGCUUUCCCCAUUCAAGAUGAUGAAGGUUUUGCCGAAGAUCCGUGUUUCAGAGACAUCUCACUUGCUAGAUUGUUUGUAUGACAUGAUCGUGCCUAAACUCCAACCUAGAACCACAUCUGAGAUAUCUGAGAUUGAAGAUCAAAAUGAAGACAUGAAAGGUAAAGAAGGAUCCUCUGAGGACCCAGGUUACGUUCAACAACUCCUUUCUGAGGUAUGGAAACUUCUGUCGAAGCUAAACAAAGGCCCAAUCCAGCUGAUCAAGAAACUUCUGGUAUCAAAACCUAUCAAAGCCAUAUUUAAAUUGCCUUGGAUAAUUAUCUCUAAACUUCCUGGAUUUUCAAUCUUGAAACAACCUGUGGAAUACUUUUUCUCCAAUGAAGAAAAUAAAGAAGACGACAAAUCAGUAGGCGAGGGUUCCGGCGCUGACAAGCCACCGCUAGUAGAAGAAAUCACAAUUCCUUCUGUUUCUGAACUUUCAAAUUCUGGGGUACGUUUCUUGCCUACUACAGGGAACCUCUUGACCAUUACUUUUGAUGUCAAGACUGUUACAUUUUACCUCCCCACUGUUAGCUUAGAUGUGAAUACUGAGGUAAUCAUGAGAAAUUUGGUGGCGUACGAAGCAUCAAAUGCCUCAGGGCCGCUGGUUUUUACACGUUACACAGAAUUGAUGAACGGGAUCAUCGAUACUGAGGAAGAUGUGAAGUUGCUUAGAGAAAAAGGAAUUAUUUUGAAUCGCUUGAAGAGAGACCAAGAAGCAGCCGACCUUUGGAAUGGGAUGAGCAAGUCCAUCAGGCUGACGAAAGUGCCUUUCUUAGACAAGGCAAUUGAAGAAGUUAACAAGUAUCACAAUGGACGAUGGAACAUCAAAGCGAAAAACAUGAUGAAGUCUUAUGUGUUUGGUUCUUGGCAGUUUCUUACAUUUAUGGCUGCAAUUUUGCUCUUGUUGUUGAUGGCACUACAAGCAUUUUGCUCUGUCUAUAGUUGCAGUCGAGUUUUCCACAUUAAAACCAGUACCGGCUGA